AUGGAACUAAUUUCCCCAACAGUGAUUAUAAUCCUGGGUUUCCUUGCUCUUUUAUUAUUCUUUCAGCGGAAGAAUUUGCGUGGACCCCCGUGCAUAAGGGGCUGGAUUCCUUGGAUUGGAGCUGGAUUUGAGUUUGGGAAAGCCCCUCUAGAAUUUAUAGAGAAAGCAAGAAUCAAGUAUGGACCAGUAUUUACAGUCUUUGUUAUGGGCACCCGAAUGACCUUUGUUACUGAAGAAGAGGGAAUUAAUGUGUUUCUAAAAUCCAAAGAAAUAAAUUUUGAACUAGCAGUGCAAAAGCCCGUCUAUCGUACAGCAUCAAUUCCAAAAAAUACUUUUUUAACACUGCAUGAAAAACUUUAUGUCACGAUCAAAGGGAAAAUAGGGACUGUGAACCUAUAUCAAUUCACUGGACAACUGACUGAGGAACUACAUGAGCAACUGGAGAAAUUAGGCACUCAUGGGACAAUGGAGCUGAGCAACUUCGUAAGGCAUCUGCUUUAUCCGGUUUCAGUGAAUAUACUCUUCCAAAAAGGCUUGUUCCCCACAAAUGAGAGAAAAAUCAGGGAGUUCCAUCAGCAUUUUCAAGCUUACGACGAAGGUUUCGAGUACGGGUCCCAGAUGCCAGAGUGUCUCCUAAGUCACUGGUCGAAAUCCAAAAAGUGGCUUUUAGCACUCUUUGAGAAAAACAUUCCCGAUAUAAAAACAUACAGAUCUGCGAAAGAUAAUUCCGUGACAUUAAUGCAGACUUUGCUGGAUAUCAUAGAGAUGGAAAGAAAUGAAGAAAAGAGCCCCAACUAUGGGCUUUUAAUACUUUGGGCUUCUCUGUCCAAUGCUGUCCCUGUUGCAUUUUGGACACUUGGAUUUGUCCUCUCUCAUCCCAGUGUCCACAAGACCAUUGUGGAAGGCAUAUCUUCUGUGUUUGGCACAGCAGGUAAAGAUAAGAUAAAAGUAUCUGAGGAUGACUUGAAGAAACUCCCACUGAUCAGAUGGUGUAUUUUGGAAACGCUUCGUUUAAGAGCCCCUGGUAUCAUUACUAGAAAAGUGAUGAAGCCUGUUCAAAUUUUGAAUUACACUGUUCCUUCCGGUGACUUGUUGAUGGUGUCUCCAUUUUGGCUGCACAGAAAUCCGAAAUAUUUUCCUGAACCUGAAGUGUUCAAACCUGAACGUUGGAAAAAGGCAAAUUUAGAGAAGAAUGCUUUCUUGGACGGGUUCAUGGCAUUUGGAAGCGGGAAGUACCAGUGUCCUGGGAGGUGGUUUGCGCUGUUACAGAUUCAAAUAUGUAUUAUUUUAAUACUUUAUAAAUAUGACUGUAGUCUUCUGGACCCAUUACCAAAACAGAGUUCUCUCCAUUUGAUAGGUGUCCAACAGCCAGAAGGACAAUGCCACAUUGAAUUCAAACAAAGAAAAUGA